AAGAUGGCGGCAGUUUUAUGCACAAGUUUGGUUAAGCUUGGCGUUAGUUAGCCCUUUUUUAAUUUACUUAAUAUGAUCAUGUCUCUAGUUAUUUGGAUGUUGAUCGAAAGGAGUCUCUAUUUACAAAGAAAGAGUCAUGUCUGAUUUGAACAUUUUAUUCCGCCCCGAAGAUCUUCUUGCACAUAAAAAGAAACCUUCUCAGUUACCACUGCAAGGAGGACCGAAAGUGUUCGCUCCCGAUGCAGAUGCAGAUGACGAAGUCUUGUCCUCCUUGCUCCAGGAACAUGGAGAUGUCUUACAAGAACAAAGAGUUUCCAAAAAGAGCAACCUAUCUGUAGGGUCAUGGGUUCCUGGUGAUAAAGUGGUGGAGGUGUCAGUGGCAAAGGGUCCUCAUUGGCAGCACUUUGGACAUCAGAACCAUGGCAAAAUGUUACUACAACCACAUGAAGCUCUUUUCCUUCUUGAGCAGCCAAUGUCUUUUCAACAGGCCUAUAUGACUAUGCUAUCUGUUGGUUUCUCUCCUGAUAACUACCUGGUUUAUGCUUAUUUUCUGCGCUUGGGAUUCAUAGUUUUAAAACAUCAAUCAAGAAGAAACCAUGAAUCAGACACACAAACUGACAUGGCCAACCCAGAGAGGAACGAAAAGCAGCAAGAAACUGCGACAUCUUUUGAAUGUGAAAGGAGUAUUGGCGCUGAUAAUGGUAAAGGUGGCAAACCACUGGUGAUGUCUCCUGUUACCCACCUUUGGACCAGUGAAGAUGACUGCAGACCCCUUCUGAGGCCAGAGGAUGCCACCUCAACAGCUGCAGUUUUGUCCAAGCUACAAGUAAUCAAAAACCAAAGAAUGACUGAAGCCAAUGAUUUAAGUGCAAAACAGCAAUCUCUUCAAGUAGCAUUUGAUGUUUAUCAGCCUGGGCUGAAUUUCAAGAAAUCAGAUCCAGGAACUCCAGCCUUCUGUGUUACUGUAUGCAGGUUUUCUGAUUCUCCCCCUUCACUGGCGGUUAUGAGCGCCAUGAGAAAGGAAUGCGCUUGCGUUCCACUCAAAAUUGCUCUGGUGGAUGGAGGAAGCGUCUCUUUUUACAGUGUGUUGGAUGUCGACAGCCCCACAUUUAUCACUAAAGGUUAACAUGACUCGAAAACGCCACAGCCAUACCAGUUAGCUAUGACACCUGGAAAAGAUGUUCAUUAAUGCCUGUGUGUAGUCGGUGUUACUAGGGACUUUAAGCAGUGACGACGGCAACUCCACGGAAGACGUCGAUUAAAAAAUGAGUUUCUACUCUUAAUUAGAAUUUCCAAAAUGCUGCAUGUGUUUACCGUCUCAUGGGGCGCCAGACCUUAAACUCAACAUUACGCAUAAAAGUGGCGUUGAGUUCCAAAUGUAAAUUAAAAUAAUUUGCCGCCGCGGAGAUUCGCUUCGCAGACGACGCAAAUUUUGGUGAC